UGUUGAAUUCUGAAUUGAUUAGGGUUUACUUGUUUACUUUAAUCGGUCCAACCGCAGACGACAGAGUAUUGUUUGUUCAGCCUCAGCACUUCAGCGUUCGUACGGCAGUACGCGGGUGGAUUUCCGUGACAAAAAUAUGAAGUAAAACUUAGUUGGUUUAGUGAAAUUCCGACAAGUAAGUAAAAAAAAUGGAGGCAAGUGCUUUGAAGAAAGUAAGGAAUAAGUUAGUUACUCCAUUGGGAAUCCCCCCUCCUUCAUCCAGAAGUUUUGCACGACCUGGAGGAAUAGGGAAGAAAAGGGAUUACACUCCUGUUCACUGGAGUCGUUAUUUUACAUCAAGUGAAAAAGUAAUAGUAAAUGAAGAUGGAGACUCAUUUCAGGUUUAUCGUAGAGGCUCCUCUGGUCCCCUACUUGUUCUGCUUCAUGGAGGGGGAUUUUCUGCUCUAAGUUGGGCAUUGUUUGCUGAAUGCAUUGAAGGUUUGAUUUCCUGUCAAGUCCUUGCAAUUGACAUGAGAGGUCAUGGUGAUAGUAAAACACACAAUGAUGAAAACCUUUCUGCUGAAACCCAAGCUGAGGAUGUUGUGUCAGUUGUCAAACAUGUUUUUGGAUCAGACCCUCCCCCAAUUGUUCUUAUUGGACACAGCAUGGGAGGUGCAAUUGCAGUUCAUGCUACUGCUACAGAGCAGCUUCCAACAAUUGCUGGACUUAUUGUGAUUGAUGUUGUGGAAGGAACAGCAAUGGAGGCACUUGCCUCAAUGCAGAGUUUUCUUAGAUCAAGGCCAAAACAUUUUCACUCCUUAGAGCAAGCUAUUGAAUGGAGUGUCAGAAGUGGUCAGAUUAGAAAUGCUGAUUCAGCAAGAGUGUCUAUGCCUGGUCAGUUAACAAGCGAUGUGACGGGACAAUGCGCCACAUCCGAGGUAUCCACCACAGCCACUCCAACUGUUUCCUCUCCAGGUGGUUUCACACCGCAAGCCGUGACUUCGAUGAAACAUGGUGAAUGCAUAAACGAAGAAGACGAGCAGGAAAAGACCGAAACGCCUCCCGCUUUUCCAACAGAACCUUCAUUUUCCCCUCCCAGCGUCAAAGAUAAGACCGGUUAUCGGUGGCGUAUUGAUCUGACGAAAACUGAACAUCAAUGGCCAGGAUGGUUCCACGGCCUUUCUGCCACUUUUUUAGCUAUUCCCGUUGCCAAACUCCUACUUUUGGCUGGCAUAGACCGGCUCGACAAGGAGCUGACCAUCGGGCAGAUGCAAGGGAAAUUUCAAAUGCAAGUCCUUCCUCAAUGUGGCCAUGCGGUGCAUGAAGACGUACCAGAGAAAGUUGCAGAAGUGGUAGCUACGUUUCUAGUAAGGAAUCGCCUGACAUCACCAUCUGACAAAUUUACUUGGGUUAUGCCCGCUUGUUAGGUUUUCUCCGUAACCCUCUAAGGUUCCGGAGACAAACGGUAUGAGGUAAAAUGUCGGACAACACGAGAAUGACGUGAGCGUACUGUAUUUAUGUUUCUCUCAUUGUUCACGUGCGUUUUUGUCCCCUUGCCCUCAUUUAAAACUGUUUUAUAACCUCUUGUUUUUUUCUGACGAUACCUUUUCUUUUUCACAAUUGCGUCAGUAUGGAACUUUGCGUUCAAAGGAAAAUGGGUCACCGUCAUCCAUUCAUCCACUUUGUGUCAACUGUGAAUAGCGUUUAUAGGAGUUUUCUUCAGCUUUUUCUGUAAAAAACUUCCAUUGACAGGCUAUUUCGAAAGUCUCGCACAGUGAAAGCGAUUUUGGGUACCUAGCCGUGUGUCUGUUUGGAGUAAAGAGCUGUUGCCAAAUUGUACUCCAAUUUCAGCUUGCUUUUUUCACACGUCAAGCUAAUUCUACUACGAUUGCAUGAUGAACAUUGAACAUUGAAGGUCAUGUCGUACACGCAGGGCAACUGUGUUUUGUAAAGUGUUCCUGGUACGAUUACAUGUCUUUGUGUGAAGAA